GAGAGGAAAGAAAUACAAAAUUUAGGAUUACUGGUUCACUUUUUAGGCAAGAAGAAACACCGACCACUUUGUCUCAACUCUCACCGGAACCUUCCUCCGUCGCCAAAACCACCGUGAAACCCAACUUCCCGUUGCUCUCACAAAUUCACCACCACCCAACUCACCAGCAGCACCUUCUGCUAUGUUUGUUUUUGCAUCUUUCAUUUGCAGUGAUAUUCCACAAACAUUACAACUCUCAAAACCCACAAAGAUGAAAUCUUUCUCUUCAAUUCAACCACCCCACUGUUUCCAUUUCGCACCAUUUUUCUCUUCCACUUCCAUAAGAUUUUGCAUCAGGACUCCAAUUCCUUUCUCUGCAAGGGUCUUCUUUUGUCAGGCAAAAUCUGGCACGAAUGAGUCAUUCAACAUAAAAGUGUUGCCUCCAACCCUAUUAGCAGACCCUCAUAUUGUUUAUCUUAUGGAACAUGGAAUGAAUAGUGAUCAAAUUAGGACUCUUAUGCGACGAUCCCCGGCUUUUGCCCGCUAUAGUUUGGAGGAUAAAAUUAAGCCAUUGGUUGAGUUUUUUCUUGAACUUGGAGUGCCGAAAGAACAAAUUCCUAUUAUCCUCACUAAAAGGCCUCAAUUAUGUGCACUCAGUCUAUCUAAAAAUAUUAAGCCCACCGUGAAAUUCCUCGAAUCUUUGGGGGCCGACAAGAAACAAUGGGUGAAAGCUAUCUACCGUUUCCCGACCUUGCUAACUUAUAGCAAGCAGAAAAUUAAUGAAAAGGUAGAUUUUCUCCUUGAAUUAGGCAUCUCAGACGAGAGCAUAGGUAGGAUUUUAACUCGUUUCCCUAAUAUCGUUGGUUGCAGUGUAGAGGACAAUCUCCGACCAACAGCAACGUACUUCCGUUCAUUAGGGGUUGAUGUUGGCGCUCUUCUGUUGAGGUGUCCGCAAAUGAUUGGUCUUAGCAUUGAGGCGAAUAUAAAGCCUGUAACAGAAUUUUUCUUGGAAAGGGGAUAUACCUUGGAAGAAAUUGGGACUAUGAUUUCGAGAUGUGCAAUGUUGUACACUUACAGCUUGACUGAGACUAUGGUCCCAAAAUUGGAUUUUUUUAUGACUACGGAUUACCCGAAAUCAGAGCUGGUUAACUUCCCUCAAUAUUUUGGAUACAGUUUAGAACAAAGGAUUAAACCGAGAUAUGCACGCAUGAAAGCUUCUGGAGUAAGAGUAGUGUUGAAUCGGCUUCUUUCAGUGACAAGCAGCGACUUUGAAGAGAUCUUAUUAAAAAAAUUAAAGAAAUUGCAAGUUGAUUAGGAUUUUGUUUACAGCAGCAAGGUUGUUUAAUCAGAUAAUGAAAAUUUAGACUUUCGGGCAAGGUUGUAAUCAAAUUGUAAUGUCUUCAAUCUCUCAUUGAUCAAUAUUGUCGGUUCGACACAUUUUAACUCUUA